AUGAAAAUUCUAUUUUCUCAAUAUAAUCCAUUAAUUACUCCAAUGAUAAAUUAUAGUAAGGCUUUAGAUGUUUAUGUUGGUUUAUCAUUGUCACAAAUAAUAAAUGUGUAUGAAAAAGAGCAAAUUGUUAAAGUAAAUGUUUGGUUACAAAUUCGUUGGAUGGACUAUCAGUUAAAAUGGAAUCCAGAUCAUUUUGAUAGAUUAGAAAGUAUUCGAGUACCCUAUGAAACGGUAUGGACACCUGAUAUUGUUUUAUUUAAUAAUGCCGAUGGAAACUAUGAAGUAACAUAUAAAUCAAAUGUAGUUAUUUCUUCUGACGGACAAAUUAUGUGGGUGCCACCGGCAAUUUACAAGUGUUCUUGUACAAUAAAUGUGCAAUAUUUUCCGUUUGAUGAACAAAUAUGUGAGUUGCGUUUUGGUUCGUGGACAUUUGAUGUUUCACAAGUUCGAUUUGGAUGGUAUUCUUUACCAGAAAUGGAAUUAAGUGACUAUGUUCCAUCGGGUACGUGGACAUUAGUUAGAGCACCAGCAGAAAUACGAAUCAUUCGUUCUAAGGAAAAGUCCUAUGAAACUACAGAAGCUGUAUUUCUUAUUGUGAUGAGACGUAAAUCAUUAUUUUUUACUAUUAAUUUGGUAUUACCAACAAUGAUCUUGUCAUUUUUAAGUGUUACCGUUCUCUAUUUACCUGGUGAAGCUGGUGAAAAAAUGACAUUAUGUGUUUCUAUUUUACUUGCACUUGUCUUUUUCAUGUUAUUAAUAUCAAAAAUAUUACCACCGACAUCAGUCAAUGUACCAUUAAUAUCAAAAUAUCUUAUGUUUACAUUUAUUCUCAAUUUGUUGACCGUUGCAUCCUCAACAUUAAUUUUAAAUGUUCAUUAUCAAAAUUCAACAUUAAAUCCUAUUCCAAAUUGGAUUCGUCUCAUUUUUGUUGAAAUAUUACCAUCUAUUUUGUUACUGAGACGACCCUAUUCAAAUAUAAAUAUACGAAAACGACGAAGAUCAUCGUUAAAAUAUGAAUUAUACUCUGGACCGUUAAUCAAUAAUUGUCUUGGUAAAUUAAAACCAAUAGUCAAUUUAACUAAUGGUCUAUUAUCACAAAGAACAACAUCGACACAAUUCAAAAAUGAACUAUCGGAAACAAAUUAUUUUUUUUUACAAUUUUUAGCUGUAGCAUAUGAUAUGAAAUGUAUAUCAAAAAAAUUUGAAGAAGAAAGUCGUAAUAUAGAGAUUUUAACUGAUUGGAAAUUUAUUGCUUCUGUGAUAGAUCGCAUGUUAUUAAUUUUAUUUAUAAUUGUCACAAUUGUCGGGACAUUAUCAAUUUUGUUACAAGCACCAAAUUUAGUUUUAUCACAUGUUGAAGGCAGUAUGGUAUUAAUUAUCGAUGAAAGAAUGACGACAAUGAAUCAGAAUAUUGAUAUGUCGUCGUCUUUAUUAUUCGAAUUACAACGUGAAAUAGGCGAUAUAAGAAAUCUAAGUAUUUAUAAUUAUGAUGUUAAUAAAUUAUCGACAGUUUUAAAUGGAAGUAAAGAUUAUUUAAAACAAACCGAAGAAUUUCAACAACGUUUACACAAACAACUAGAAGAAUUUGAACGAUCACUAGGGGAUAUUAAUCGAAUUAUAAAAGAAAAAGUCGAACAAGGCGAUGUUAAAAAAUUACAAAAAAAUGACCCUGACAAAACAGAACACAAGAGACCGCAUUCAAAUUCUGCUGAAACACAGGCACUAUUAUUAUCACUGAACGCUGAGGCAAUUGAAUGUCGAUUACAAGCGGUUCAGCUACAAGAGCAAGCUAAACUAAUUGAAGAAAAAGCACAAGAAAUUGAACAAAACACCGAUGAAACGGAUCAGUUGGCUCAGUUAUCAGAACAAUUAUUUAAACAAAAACAAGAAGCUGAAAGAGAACGAGCCAAGCAAGAAGAAUUGGAAAGACGAGUGCGCGUUCAAGAAGAACGAAACAGAAAAUUGGAAUUACCACAGCGACAAGAACGACAACAAAUAGUAGAAACGAAACAAAAUACUCCGGAGCAAGACUGGCCCUUGCAAGAAUUUAUAAACGAUGAUCGAUAUCCACCGUGUAUUGUACGUAUAUCACCGAAUGCAGGGUCCAUCGACUUUCAAAUUCAUUAUCUACCAAUAGCAGAAACGGAAAAUUUAUUAGAUGUACAAGAAGAACUUAUUUCCACACCCUUAAAAAUUGUUGUUCAAAAUGAAGCACCGGAAUCGUCAGUCUCUCUUGCCUUGCCAUACAUAUUCAAACGAUCUACUCACAGAGAAAAUGUUAUUAAAGCAAGAGAUACGAAUGGAAUAUGGAUAUCGAUGGAUACUCAGGAAAUAUUCUUCGAAUCUCACAAAGAUAAACGUUUCGUCGAAUGUAAAUUGUAUAAAACCAUGGCCUUAGCUGUCGUUUCAAGAUUAAAACGGGAUAAGAUCAUUAUAAACAAAGAUAAAAGAGGAAAAUAUACAUCAAGUGCUGAUCAACGUUUUACCAUAGAAUGGGAACAAAAUAUUGUCCAAAAUGAUUUUCGAAUAGAUGCUUGUAUUCAACCAGUUGAUCUUCCUACAUUUUCUGAAUUUCGUCAACGUAAUCCACAUGAUUGUGAUGGUUUAAUUGCUGUUGGUCCAAUAGUCGAGUUAAUGUUUGAUGAUGUUGAACUAUUGAAAAAGAUUGGAGUGACUUUGCCAAUGUUGAUACAAAUGAAGAAAACACCUAAACAUCAAGCACCAAAACCAACUCAAGAUCAGCAAUUACCACCAUCAUCAAAUGAUCCUGUACAAAUGUCAUCUCAAGAUACUCUUCUGCAACAGCAACAACAAAUUUUCAAAUCUGUUCUAGGGGACGAUAGUGAAACUGAACGUCUUGUUCUUCUCUAUAGUGGAUUGAAUGAAAAUACGUGGCAUGUCGACAAUGGUGUUCGAUUAAUUGAUUCAAAGACAAAAGAUCUGAUCACCACUCAUUUAUCAACACUAUACGGACGAUUAAUUGUUGCACGCGUUGAAAAACAUUUGACAAAUAAACAACUAAAAUCAACCAUUAGUUUACUUUAUAAAAGUCUUACUCAACGAUCAGUAACUGUACUACUGAGAACAAAAAUUACCGCUCCCAAUGAAGUGUGUCUUGUCUGUUUUCCGUCAUCUCGUAUUGAUACAUUGGAUAAGGAAUUAAGUCAAGAAAAUUAUACAAAUAAUGAUGAACAAAUGAAAGAACUCGUGUUACAAGAGGGACAAUUAUUAGAAUUAAGAUUUAGAGGAAAUGUUCUUCCAUCGUCAGCUCAAAAACAAAAACAAUUAAAAAUACCAUUUGCAUUCAACACAAAUUUUCCGUUUUAUUGGGAAGAAGUGACUAAACAAGAAUGGCAUGAAACUGAUGUUUUACUUGCUGAACUUGUGGUUCGUUUACCAAAAGUUCAAAAUGAAACAUUAAGUCGUCCUACAACGCCAAAAUCGCCUGUAACAUUUACAAAUGAAGGUAUCUUGAAUGAAUCUGUUUUUCGCGAUUUAUCAAACAAUUUAAUCGGUGAUGAGUGGAAAUUAGUAGCAAAAAAAUUAGGUUUGACAAGAAUUCGUAUUGAAUCAAUUCAGCAUGAUUAUCGUGACGAGUCUGGUUACCAUAUGCUUCUAGCAUGGUUUAAACGUGUACCAAAAUCGGCCGAUAAGGUACAUGACUUAUUCAUCGUUCCAUUCAGUAAAAUAUGUCAACGAGAUGAAAUUGUCAAAAUAUGGAAGAUAAUUGCACAGGAAUUAAUGUUAACAAACGAUGAUAUUAAUCAAAUUGAGCAUAAUUGUCCAUCUCAACAUGAGCGAUGUUUAAGAACACUUGAGUUAUGGGCUAAACAAGACAAUAAAGCAGAUCUCUACGAUUUGGGGAGGGUUAUGAGAUUGCUCGGGCAUAAACCACUUGCACAUACUACAAUUAUUUUCCAGGCUCAAACAUUUGAACAUCGUUUAUCAUUAGUAUCGUCAGAAUCAUUAUCAACGUCGUCUGACGAUAGCGAAAGACAAACAUCAAAUAUUCCGGCAGCUUAUUUUGGAAUACUCUAUCCACAACAACAACAACGACAACAACAGUAUACUCGUAAACAAAUUUGCUAUAGCCUUGGAUGUUAUAUUUUAGCCUUUGUAAUUGUCAUAUUAGUUUAUACGAUUCUAAUAAUAAUUAGUAAAAAAUUCGAACGAAAAGCGUAA